AUGGUGGAGCUCAUCUUGACCGCUGACCUUGUGUACAUCGCAGGCCUUGUGUCGGUUGUUUUGGUCGCCGUUGUCAAUGGAGCUGGCCUUUGUUUUCUGAUCAAGAAGCUCUCCGUUUGCGAGGAAUCCAUUUCGGUAAGAUUUUUUUUUUGAUCUUUAGACUAUUAUACUGUAGUUUUGUAAUUUUUUAACAAAUUUCUGGUUUGUACUAUUGAUAAACAGUCCCUGUUACAGUAUGACAGUGUGUAUCCGUCGGGGAACAAUUCCGGACUCAAGAGAACUCCAAACAAAUCAAAUAAGACGGGUCCGCCUGCGGCAAAAUCCGUGAAAUCGACCAAAUCCGCCAAAUCGGCGAUUGAGCCGAACAAAAAGGAGUACGACGAGGCCGCUGCCAAGGCUGCUGCCAAAGGCGCUGAUAAGGGCGCAGAGAAGGCCCCUGCCAAGGCCCCCGAGAAAGGAAAAUAA